CUUUGGACGGGUGGAAGAUUUUGAGUGGGCCAAAGUGGUAACGUCUGCAGAUUGGGUUGGGAUAUCCAUGGAGUUUAAUCUGGUAUUUAUGAUUGUUACCCGUUGUCGAUGAGGAAAAAAAGUGGUCUACAGGAGGAGAGGGCCGAUCGGAGCUUGGCCGUGACAAAUUCUUUUAAGGUUUCGUUCCUGAACCGGCUGGGCUCAUCCGGAUCGGGCCAGGCCAGAUUCGAAACUUGAGGCGGUGGCAAUCCGAAAAUGCUCACCGACCAAAGUCUAGUCUCCAUUCAGGGAUAUUUAGCCGGUAAAACCGAGCCCGAGACCUUGCCCACCGUCAUGAUCGUGGCACAUUAUGACGCCAGUGCGGCCCCGGACUUAGCCUACGAGCCGAUGUCCAAUGGGAGUGGCGUGUCCGUGCUCAUGGAGUUGGCUCGGCUUUUCGGCCAGUUAUAUCAGACGCCGGAAACGCAGCCUGAUUAUAACAUGGUGUUCUUGCUCUCGGCCGCGGGCAAGAUCAACUUUCUGGGCAGCAAGCGCUGGUUGGACGAGCAGAAGGACAUGCAAGACCAACAAGCGAAGAAUAUCAUCUCCAAUGUGAAACUAGUCGUCUGUUUAGACAGCCUUGGCUUGGGUCAAGCCCUCAAGAUCCACGUGUCCAAGCCCCCAAAGAAGGAUCAUCGCUCACAAGUUCUUCACGAUCUCCAACGACUCAGCCAAGACACGAAGCGAUUCUCGGAUUUAAACGUGGAGUUGGUUCACAAAAAGAUCAACCUGGCCUACGAAUCAUUGGCUUGGGAACACGAGCGAUACUCCAUAGCCAAAUUAAGUGCCCUCACGCUCUCGCAUCACGAGAGCCCUUUCGGUUUGGACCGGACUUCCAUCUUGGAUCGAGACAUUGAUCUGGCCGUACUCGAGCGGAAUACUCAAGUCUUGGCCGAGACUUUGGCCUGCACCAUGUAUACUCAAGAGGGAUCCAAUUGCAUGGGUCCGGAUCAAACCGAAAUGACUCGCCCGAAUCGAGAGCAUCUCGCGCAUUGGACGGCGGAAAUGCCCGCUCAACCUCGAGGCACGCCCUUAUUGACGGGGGAGAAGAAUCCUUUUGUGAUGAAAUUGUUCAAGUCCCUCGACAAGUUGGUCAUGAAGACCCGCAAGGUCGUGGCCAAGCGUGACAAACGUGAUCCCGAGUUCACGUUCUACGAUCAACACAACGCGACGAUGAACUCCUACAAGGUCAAACCCGCCGUCUUCGAUCUCGUCCUCACCGUGGCCAUUGGCUCAUACUUGGGCUUGUGUACUUGCUGUUGAGCUAUUCCAACGCUUUAUACUCGAUUCUAGCCUCCCUGGCCACGAAUAAGAAGACCAAGAGCGUUUCCAACGGGUCUCCUAACGGCAGGGUUAAGAGUCAUUAGGUCUGGUCGCUUUGUUUUAGGCAUUAUUAUGAUACCAAUAAUGAUUACAUGAUCAAUCAGUUACGAUUCUUUGGUGAAGUCGACCAUUCAUUUCGGCGAAUAAACCUCCUGUUGAGUAAAAUAUUGAAAA